AUGGAUUUUUUUUGGGAUGUUAGAACAUAUCUCCAGAGCGCAUCCAGGCUGCGACUUGCAACGAGAGGUCCAAAGUCGCUGGUAUCUCAAUCCAUCCGUCAGAUUCAAACGCGUUCAACAGGACACAUCUUAAACACAGGCGCGAAGAUACCGGCCAUAGGAUUCGGCACCUUCCAAGACCCCGAUGCCCAAGAAGAUGCCGUAAGCAGGGCCCUAAAGAUGGGUCUUCGGCUGAUCGAUACAGCCCGCGUGUACGACGUCGAGAAGCAGGUUGGAAAGGGCAUCAAAGCUAGCGGCAUACCCAGAGAGGAGAUCUUCCUCGGCACCAAGCUAUGGUGUAACAACUACCACCCCGACGACGUGGAGAGUGCCGUAGAUAGUUCGCUUCGCGAUCUAGAUACGCCUUAUGUCGACCUGUUGCUGAUGCAUUACCCCUGUACCUUCAAACGAGGAGAGGACCGCUUCCCUAGAGAUGCCAAUGGGAAGAUGAUCCAUGGAGAGACGAACUUCGUGGACACUUGGAGGGCUAUGGAGAAGGUUGUUAAGGGCGGAAAAGUUAAAGCGAUUGGUGUAUCAAACUUCAGCAAGGGGGAGCUGGAGAGGCUGAUUAAGGAGACAGACACAGUUCCUGCUGUUCAUCAGAUGGAAGUGCACCCAUAUCUACAACAAAAGGAUUUCAACAAAUGGCUCAAGACACAAGGAAUCCACGUCGUCCAGUUCAGCCCAUUGGGUAACAUGAAUGACUUUUACAGGACGACGGGUUGGAGUAAGGAGGUCUCGCACAUGAUGAAGGUUAUCGACCAGCCAUUAUUGAAGGAAAUCGCCAAGAAAUACGGCAAGAGCGCGGUCCAGGUCGUAUUAGCCUGGGGCGUUAACAGCGGGCGUUCGGUGAUACCAAAGAGUACCAUUGAUUGGCAGAUCAAAGAAAACGUCGAGUCUGACUUCCAGCUUGAUCCUGAGGAUAUGGAAAAGAUCGCGACUUUGGAUAUUAAGGCAAGGUUCAACGACCCGAGUUUAGAUUACCGCUGGAGACUUUAUAGCGAUCUUGAGGGAAUCGAUGGCACUGUCGAGGGACGAACACAUUAA